AUGAGUCGCGCCGGCAAGAUUGCCCCCGAGCAGCUCCCAAUUUUGUUCGUGAAGAAUCUAAACUACGAAGUAUCCUCUGACGCGCUUUGGAAACUCUUCGACCCCGGUGAGGACGGACUCAUCCGUCAAAUCCGACAGGGUAUUUCAGUCGAAGCAAAGGGAACAGCCUAUGUUGUCUUCUGGAACGUCAUGGAUGCGAAGAACGCUCUCGAGAAGCUAAAUGGCUACAACUUUCAGAACCGAUAUCUUGUCGUUCUAUGGCAUCAACCAGAGAAGACCCUCAAGUCAAAAGACGACCUGCAGGCUCGCAAGGAGAAUUUAGCGCAGCUCAAGAUGAAGCAUGGGAUCGAUUGA